ACAUACAGAAACACGAACGUUUAUGAAAUCUUAAUUCAGUAAAAAAUAAAAAUAAUGGUAUCUAUUCCAUAAUUAUUAUGAUAAACAGUUAAUUUAAGCAAUAAAUUUAAUGUAUAUAACCACAUAGUUAACCAUGGAAUAAUUCAUUUGGCGUUCAAUUCAAUUAUAUUUUAAAAAGGUUUAUCUGUGAUAUUAAGAAAAUGAAUUCCUCAAAGGAAGUACUGAUUAAGAUAGAUGAUGCAGAAGGCACCAAUGGACAGAGUAGAAAAUCAGAAAUCAAUAUAUUAUGCCUAGAUAUAACAUCAUUUAGCCCUUUACUGCAGUUUGCUAUUUGUUCUGUCUUUGUGUUUGUAUGCUAUUUAGCGUAUGGAUAUUUCUUGGAACUUAUAUUCUCAGUACCUGAGGUGAAGCCAGUGAGCCUAUAUAUUACUUUAAUACAGUUUUUAAUUACAAUGAGUCUUAGUUAUGUAGAAUCGCUUAUAAGGAAUCCUAUAAAGAGAAAGGUGCCAAUAAGGACAUAUGCUAUUUUAGCAGCUCUAACCCUAGGCACAAUGGCGUUUUCGAACCUAGCACUAAGUUACCUGAACUACCCAACUCAGUUAAUAUUUAAGAGCUGCAAGCUCAUACCAGUGAUGAUCGGCAGUAUUAUAAUAUUGGGCAAAAGGUAUGGGUUCCUGGACUAUGUGGCUGCUGUUAUUAUGUGUAUAGGACUGACUAUGUUCACUCUAGCUGAUUCAAAAACAUCGCCCAACUUUGACAUCAUAGGUGUAAUAGUGAUCUCCUUAGCGUUACUAUGUGAUGCAAUCAUCGGUAAUGUCCAAGAGAAGGCCAUGAAACAGUUCCAAGCAACCAACAACGAAGUAGUGUUCUACUCUUAUGCGAUAGCUUGUGUCUAUUUGGUUGUUAUUACUGGGUUUAGUGGUAUAUUGACUGAUGGAUUCACUUAUUGUGCUCAGAACCCAGCAACAAUGUACUCCAACAUAUUCCUGCUAAGUGUGAGCGGGUAUAUGGGGCUGCAGGCGGUGUUGUCGCUGGUGCGGCUGUGCGGCGCCACCGUCGCCGUCACAGUCACCACCAUGAGGAAAGCGCUGUCUAUUGUUAUAUCCUUCCUGCUGUUUAGCAAACCGUUCGUUUUUCAAUACGCGUGGUCUGGUAUGUUGGUAGCAUUGGCGAUAUAUCUGAACCACUACAGCAAGAAGAAUCCGCACUAUCUCCCUACGCCGUUAUCGACAUGUUGGCACUACAUGCAAUCAUUCUACCAGUCCGAGUAUAGAUAUCUUAGGAUUAAGAGCAAAAUGUAUUCUGAUACAGUGUAGAUAGGUCACAAAGAUUUUUCACAAAUGUUACAGGCAAAGUCUGCAGCGUAUGAAUUGUUGGCAUUGCCUAGGAAAAAAUCCAUUUUUAAUCACAGAAUUAUAAAACAAUAGAAAUAGUAUUUGCUGCGGACUUUUUUACACACUCAAGCGCUUGCUGGCAUUGGUGAACGAUAUUUGCUUUGAGUACCAUUAAGUGAAUUAAUUUUAUUCAUCAUCAUGAUCAACCCAUAUCCCACUACUGAGCACGGGGCUCCUCAGUAUGAGAAGGGUUAAGGCCUUGCUGCCACACACCUUAGAGAACAUGGAGAAUUCUCAGACAUACAGGUUCUCUCACGAUGUUUCCUUCUCCAUUAAUGAGCAAGUGAUAUUGAAUUGCUUACUUUUAUCCUUUACUUUAUUUUAGCCUCUGGGUAGAGUUUCAUAAAUAACAAUUUGAUUAUAUUAGCAGGAUGUGCCUUAUGGUUCCAAAGAAACUAUUUGUUACAUAGUUCUGUAUACUUUGCCUGUAACACGUUAUAAUUUUAUUUUAUUUUAUGGAAUGACAUUGUAAAUAACUAAUAAGAUGUAUAAUGUUAUUAUUAUUAUAAGGUGUACCUAGUAGAAAUCAAAUGAGAUUUAAAAUCAAUUUUAACUAAAUAAUUUCAUUAAAAAAGAACAUCCAGAUCCAGUACCUAAUGAAAUUAAACUGGAUCAAAAACUCAGGUAGGUAUGUUUUCUUAUUACAAGAAUCGCAAUACAUUAUUUAUUAUGUCACAAAAUUUCUUUUUUCCAUUUUUUAAAAGGAAAUCUGUACCUAUGUAAUUAUUCAUAAUUAUAUUUUUAUAAGUCUCAAAAACAGUGAAAUUUACUUUAUAAUAUAAGUAGCUAUUCGGCAGUAAAUAUUACAUAUCAAGCUUUAGAAAGAGAUAAUAGGCAGUUUCGUCUUUGUAGAGCGUCAUCUCUGUCACUCAUACUGUCACUUUUUGUCAUUGAUUUGACAGUCUGAACGAUAGAGACAACGCUCUACGAAGCCGAAGAUGCCGACGAUUAUCUCUUUCUAAAGUUCGAUGUGUAAUAUUUACUGUCGCAUACUGUAAUUUAUUAAGAUAUUCUAUUCUGUGUACUGUACUGUAAUCGGAGUAGAAUUGAAAAAUAAAACGAUUUUAUAUUAAUAACAUUUAUUUAAUUGUAUGUACAAAAUCUUACAAAUCUAAUUGUUUCAUACAAAAGUGUCCAAAUUUAAAGUGUUUGAUUACUUGGAAUGUUAUAAGACACUAUUUUUACUUUUUUUCAAAUUUACACAAUCACUAGGUCAAUGAGAGAAAAUGAUUAAGUGAUUAAAGCAUACCUUUAAUACUUUUAUGAGGCGACAAAAAUUAGCUAAGUCAUGGUUUGUGAUCAGUCGAACAAUGAUUGAACGUUAUAACGUUGUCAUAUUACCCAAUUCAAUAUCGACAUCUGAACUCUCUCCGAAUCGUUUUCUCGUUGCUGAGAGUCGUGGAUUCUUCCAUUAAUUACAUAAUGGUCGGAGUUCUCUUUUGAUACUAAUGGAAUAAAGAACGAGUGAGCGCCAGACCUUCGUUAUUUUACAAAAGAUGAAAGUUUCCUGCAAUUGUCACUAACACAGGGAAAAACUUUAAGGGUGUCUGGCAGAGGAUUGCCACAACUCUUAGAGUCUGGCAAUGCAUGACGCAAUCUUCGAAUGCCCAGGUUGCGCGGACCUAAGGGCAGAAGCGCUAGGAUCGACCAACGCGGAGAGCGUGAAUAGCGCGCAUGCUGUCGAGCGAAGACGCCUGGACACGAUACAGCCGAAUGCUAAGGGCUAUCAUGAUGCGAAGGAAAGAAUCAUAUCAUGAAAGAAAAAGAAGAAGAUAGAGAUUUAGGAGGUCAGCAUGACGUAAAGCCACGCAGAUCCGUGCUCACCGUGGCAGGGGAGGUUAUUGUAGUCCGUGCGAGUCGGACACACCCUGCCAGCAGGCAGAAGUCCGUAGGGAUUUUUU